AUGUAUUCCAAUAAGGGUUGUAAAGAGGAUCGCAAAGCUAAGCUUCGUUACGUGGAAACCGACCCAAAUGGUAGAUAUGCUCGGGUUGGAGAUAUUCUAGGAAAAGGAGCAAUGAAGACAGUGUAUAAAGCAAUUGAUGAGGUCCUUGGAAUAGAGGUUGCAUGGAAUCAGGUCCAACUCAACGAGGCAUUGCACAAACCAGAGGACUUGGAGCGGCUCUAUUUAGAGGUUCAUCUCCUCGGCACCCUCAAGCACCAAUCCAUCAUGAGAUUCUACACCUCUUGGAUUGAUGUCAACAACAAGACCUUCAACUUCAUUACAGAAAUGUUUACUUCAGGGACACUGAGAGAAUACAGGAAGAAAUAUAAGCUCAUAGGUCUACAAGCAAUAAAGAGUUGGGCUCGCCAAAUCUUACGGGGUCUUGUUUAUCUGCAUGAACAUGAUCCUCCUGUAAUUCAUAGGGACCUGAAAUGUGAUAACAUAUUUGUCAAUGGCCAUCUUGGACAAGUGAAAAUUGGUGACCUGGGUCUAGCAGCAAUUCUCCAUGGUUCGCGACCAGCUCACAGUGUUAUAGGCACCCCCGAGUUCAUGGCACCAGAAUUGUAUGAGGAAGAAUACAAUGAACUUGUUGAUGUGUACUCAUUUGGCAUGUGUGUUUUGGAAAUGCUCACAUCUGAUUAUCCAUACAGUGAAUGUACUAACCCUGCCCAGAUUUACAAAAAAGUGUCAUCGGGGAAGCUACCAGCAGCAUUUUUCAGGAUUGAAGACACAGAAGCACAAAAGUUUAUUGGCAAAUGUCUAAUAGCUGCAGCAAAGAGACCGUCAGCAAAAGAAUUGUUGCAUGAUCCCUUUCUUUUGUCUGAUGACGCAUCAUCCAUGGCAAAGAUUGGAAUUCAAAAGCCGUUUUUAAACUACAGCGAAAUGGAAAAACUUCAAUUGAGUGAUGAUUUACUUAGGACUAAAAUGUCGAUAACUGGGAAGCUGAAUCCAGAAGAUGACACUAUCUUUCUCAAAGUGCAAAUUUCUGAGAAGGAUGGUUCUUGUAGGAAUGUAUACUUUCCCUUUGACAUUUACACAGACACCGCUAUUGAUGUUGCAAUGGAAAUGGUGAAAGAGUUGGAAAUCACAGAUUCGAACCCUUCUGACAUUGCAAGUAUGAUUGAAGGAGAGAUAUCUGUAUUGCUGCCCAAUUGGAAGAAUAGUAACUGUCCGGACACCUGCCACACAUUCAGUUAUAAUGAUGACAAGGACGAUGAAGAUCCUUACCAUCAUUUCCACUCUGUCUCUUCUUGUUCAUCAUCCCAAGAAUCAAUACCAGGCUCAGUCAGCAGAGGUGAUGACUUUUGGCUCCAUGGUGAUGUACUUGAUGAUGCCAGUUCAAUCUCUUCACAUGGGACAUAUUCCAACUCAAACUUUUGUUCAGUCGAUGACCAGGAGGAGCACAAUAAGGCUUAUACAAGAAAAGAUAAACACCCCAUCAUAAAGAGUCACAUGUGUACAAAAUUUGCCCCUAAUGAAGACCCCAUCACUUUGAACCAUUGCAAUAUUCUAGCAGGACCACACGUACCUUCUACUAGCAAAAGUAAGAGGAUGAUAGACAAUCGUAUACUAACAAGGAACAAGUCAUUAAUUGAUAUGAGAAGUCAGCUACUGCACAGAUCACUGGUUGAGGAGGUAAACAAAAGAAGAUUCAAGACAAUUGGAGCUGUGGAAAAUAUUGGAUUUGUGACACCUUAUGAGGUUACCAACAAAAAGUCAAAUCCAACAUGUGGUGCUUUUGAUGUGAAUUCUUCCAGAAGUAGCAAGGGAAAAAACUUGAGAGACAACAAAAUUUAA